AUGCAGUGGUCUGAUACAAUGGAUAAUGCCUUGGUCGAUGCCUUAGUUGAGCAAGUAAAUCUUGGUCUUAAGAGUGAUAUCGGAUUUAAACUAGAAGCAUACAAAGCAACGAUCAAGGAAAUCCAUGACAAAUGUGAAAUAUUGCUGGAAAAUCGUCAUAUAUCAAAUCGUCUACGGACAUUGAAGAGACUCUACUGGGCAAUCAAGGACAUGCUUAAUGCCUCUGGUUUUGGUUGGGAUGCAAACGAGAAGAUGGUUGUGGCUACUGACGAUGUCUGGGAAGGCUAUAUCGCAUCACAUCCUUACGCUAAAAGAGUGCGCAGAAAGUAUAUUGAAAGAUACGACGAUUUGGCGUUUAUCUUCGGUAACGAGUGUGCACAAGGUUCCUUUGCAAGUAUGGCUUAUCCAUCCCCCAUUUCUGGUAAGCGCCACGGACGUAGUGAAAUUAAUUCUGGUGAUGGUUCUGAGACUGUACGUCUCUCAUCCGAUGAUGAGGACGAUCAUGGGUGUGCUCCUCUCAUUCGCUGUGGGAAGGGAUCUACACAUCGGGCAACAAAAGCCUGA